AGGUGUGUGUGUGUGUGUGUGUGUGUGUGUGUAUGAGCUGUGAUUUGUGAUUUUUUUUUGAACCAUUUUACCCGGAGAUGAUGAAGAUAUAACGGCUUGGUGAAUGGGAAACACCAGCGCAGAGGUAGCGCCACCUUCCCCCCAUCUUGACAAGCACCGCCAGUCUUCCUUUAGCGACAUUUGCGCACACGACACCGGUGUGUGCGCUCUGCGGGGCCGGGCAGAGCGCGUCGUCUGGGAGGAGUAGGGAGGAGGAUGGAGGGGUUUUUCGUGGAGGGAGCCCGUGUUUGGGUCAGAGAGAAGGAGCAGCUGGUUCCAGCGACCGUCAACUCCUGUGGGGAUGGAAUGCUGGUGCUCACCACCGACUAUGGAGAGGUCUUGUAUUUGCAGCAGGCUGAGGUCAACAGGGAGAGGGUGUACGCCAUGCACCAGUCCAGCAUCGACGGGGUGGAGGACAUGUCAGCGCUGGCUGAGCUGCACGAAGCUGCGAUCAUGCACAACCUGUACCAGCGUUAUCAGAAGGACAACAUCUACACUAAUAUCGGCAGCAUCUUGGCCGCAGUCAACCCCUACAAGCAGAUCUCAGGUCUGUACGACCUGGAGAGAGUAGAGCUGUAUUCCAAGCAUCAUCUAGGUGAACUGCCACCGCACAUAUUCGCUGUGGCCAACGAAUGCUACCGCUGCAUCUGGAAACGCCACGACAGUCAGUGCGUCCUCAUCAGCGGUGAAUCAGGUGCAGGGAAGACCGAGAGCACCAAACUGCUGCUGCAGUUCCUGUCAGUGAUGAGCCAGAAAUCAUCUGGUUCUCCUGCCUCAGAGAAGACCACACGUGUGGAACAGGCCAUCGUCCAGAGCAGUCCCAUCAUGGAGGCCUUUGGAAAUGCGAAGACUGUUUACAACAACAACUCCAGUCGUUUUGGGAAGUUCAUCCAGCUUCACUUCUCAGAGAGUGGAAACAUCCAGGGCGGCUGUGUCAUCGACUAUUUACUGGAGAAGAACCGCGUGGUACGACAAAACCCCGGAGAACGAAACUACCACAUCUUCUACGCUCUCCUGGCCGGAGCAACCAAAGAGCAUAAAAGUCUCUACUUCCUGGAAGACCCUGCUGAAUCUUUCCACUACCUCAGCCAAUCAGGAUGUCUGAAGGACAAGAGCCUGAACGACAAAGAACUGUAUAACAGUGUUAUGGAGGCUCUGAAAGUGUUGGACUUCACGGAGGACGAGAUCAGAGACAUGUUCAAGCUGCUGUCAGGAGUCUUACAGCUGGGCAACAUUGAGUUCAUGACCGCGGGAGGAGCCCAGAUCCUCACCAAGCAAGAGGUCACUAACGCCAGCGAGCUGCUGGGCCUGGACGCCUUCCAGCUUUCUGAAGUCCUGACUCAGCGAUCCAUAAUACUCCGAGGAGAGGAGAUCUGCUCACCCCUCACUAUAGAGCAGGCUGUAGAUUCCCGGGACUCCGUGGCCAUGGCUUUAUAUUCCCAGUGUUUUUCCUGGAUCAUCCUGAAGAUCAAUCAAAAAAUCAAAGGAAAGGAAAACUUUAAAUCCAUCGGCAUCCUGGACAUCUUUGGUUUUGAGAACUUUGAGGUGAAUCGGUUUGAACAGUUCAACAUCAAUUAUGCCAACGAGAAACUGCAGGAGUAUUUCAAUAAGCACAUCUUCUCCCUGGAGCAGCUGGAGUACAACAGAGAGGGGGUGCAGUGGGACGCCAUCGACUGGAUGGACAACGCCGAGUGCUUAGACCUCAUAGAGAAGAAACUGGGUUUGUUGGCACUGGUGAACGAAGAGAGUCGAUUCCCCAAAGGAACUGACUUCACUCUGCUGGAGAAGCUGCACAGCAGACACUCUACAAACCCGUAUUAUGUCAAACCCAGACUUGCUGAUCAUCAGUUUGGUAUCAAACAUUAUGCUGGAGAGGUCUUGUAUGAUGUUAAAGGAAUCCUGGAGAAAAACAGAGACACCUUCAGAGACGACAUCCUGAACAUGCUCAAAGACAGCAGACUGGACUUCAUCUAUGACCUGUUUGAGAAGGUCGGCAGCAGGAACAAUGAGGAGAAGAUGGGAACAGCCCGGCGUAAACCUACAGUCAGCUCCCAGUUCAGGGACUCCCUGCACGCCCUCAUGGCCACUCUGAGCGCUUCCAACCCUUUCUUCAUCCGCUGCAUUAAACCCAACAUGAAGAAGAAUCCAAGUGUUUUUGACCCUGAAAUUGUCAUGAAUCAGUUGAGAUAUUCUGGGAUGCUGGAAACAGUGAAGAUCCGUCGUGCUGGCUUCCCCGUGCGUCGAACUUUCAAAGACUUUUUCUCCCGGUACAAGAUCAUUCAGAAGGUCAAGGUGCCCACGGCUGGAGACGAUAAGAAGAAGAGCACAGACCUGCUGCUGAAAUAUGACAAGACCAAGAAGGAGUGGCAGCUGGGAAAAACCAAGGUGUUUAUGAAAGAGUCUCUGGAGCAGCGUCUGGAAAAAGACCGGGAUGAGGUCCGAAGCCAAGCAGCGAUGAUAAUCCGAGCUCACCUGCUCACCUUCUCUGCCAAGAAGCACUUCAAACGUGUGCGCGCCAGUGUGGUCACCCUGCAGAAACACCUGCGGAGACACAUCCAACGCAGGCGAUUUGUGAAGCAGCGCAAGGCUGUGCUGGUGCUGCAGAGACACCGGAGAGGACAGGUGGCACGCUCUCACGUUCGAAAACUCAGGGAGGAGAAAAAGAAGAGGGAAGAGGAGCAGAGGAAGAAAGAAGAGCAAGAGAAGAAGAAACUCAGUGGAGGGCAGCAGCAGGAGGAGGAGGAGGAGGAGGAGGAGGAAGAGGAGGAAGAGGAGGAGGAGGACGAGACCCGUCAGAUGGAGGAGAUCCUGCAGCUGGAGCGGGAGAUCGAACGCUUGCAGAAGAAGCGAGAAGACGAGGUGUCGCAGCUGUGUGAAUCCUCUAAACAGCAGCUGCAGCUUCGCCGAGACGCUGAGCUCAAACGGAUGAAGAAGGAGGCGUCUCGCAAGGCCACGGAGCUCAUUGACCUCCUGAACUUCGGAGGCGUGGAUCCUACCCUGGGAGCAGAGGGACCUAAACCUGCUGAAGAAGUAAAGACUCCCCAGAGAGCGGCCGCCACGCCAGGUGCAUCCAAAGAAGAGGAGGUGGAUGAAGGCUUCCACGCUGAGGAAGAGUGCAUCCCCCUCCCCGACUUCCCACCUCCUGCUGACACUAACGCUCCCGUGGAUCAGGACAUUUUUGCUCAUCUUCCUCCACCUCCUCCUGCCUUUGCUGAGGGCACUGUCCCUCCUGCGCCACCUGGACCACCUCCUCUCACCACAGAUGGUGUGCCUGUCACUGGAAUUCCACCUCCUCCUCCACUUCUUCCUCCACCGGGAGAUGGUUCUGCUGUUCCUCCACCACCACCUCCUGCUCCUCCUCUCCCAGGAGAAGGGGAGAAGAAGGAAGCAGAGAGGGCAGAUUCGGAGAGGAAGGUGAGCAUGGUGGAGAGCCUGGUGGAUGUGGAGGAGCCCAUCUACAGCAUGCCUGCAGACACCGAGUCGGACUACGACCAGGAGGAGGAGGAGGGAUCGGUCACUGCCGGAGACGACAGCUCGGUCUCAGGGAGCAACCGCGGGAGCGCCACUGUGGCAGACGAGGAGCACCCGAGGAAGUCGACGUGCACCAACGCCAGCUUGGAGUCCUACAGAGGCAGCUCUGACUCUUAUGCAGACAGUGAUGAUGAGCAUGACGGAAUGAUGGACACUGAUGAGGAGGUGACCAAUGGCAGAGUCAUGUUGUUUAAUGGAAAUGGACCUCCAUAUUUCCAUGGCUACCUCUACAUGAAGGCCGGGCUGAUGAUUCCGUGGCGGAGGCGCUGGUGUGUGUUAAAGGACGAAACCUUCAUGUGGUUCCGGUCCAAACAAGAGUCUCUGAAGUCGGGCUGGCUCUACAAGAAAGGAGGAGGCCUCUCCACCCUGUCACGGAGGUUGAACUGGAAGAUGCGUUGGUUUGUGCUGAGGGACAGUAAGCUGAUGUACUACGACAACGACAGUGAGGAGAAGCUGAAGGGAACCAUCGACAUACGGGCUGCAAAGGAGAUCGUGGACAAUCACGAGAAGGAGAACGCUCUGAACAUCGUGACAGACGAGAGAACCUAUCAGGUGUUUGCAGAGUCACCAGAGGACGCAAGUGGUUGGUUUAACGUCCUGAGUAAAGUGCGUGUGUGCACUCCAGAGCAGCUGCUGGAGAUGUCACAUGAACAGGCCAACCCGAAGAACGCCGUGGGAACCCUUGAUGUCGGCUUGAUUGACUCUGUUUGUGCGUCUGACAACCCUGAUCGGCCCAACUCCUUUGUCAUCAUCACCGCCAACCGUGUGAUCCACUGCAACAGUGACACACCAGAGGAGAUGCAUCACUGGAUCAGUCUGCUGCAGAAACCCAAAGGUGACGCCAGGAUUGACGGCCAGGAGUUCCUGGUCAGAGGAUGGCUCCAAAAGGAGAUGAAGACGAAUGCUAAGAGCACCUCGCUGAAGCUGAAGAAGCGCUGGUUUGUCCUGACCCAUAACUCUCUGGAUUACUACAAGAGCUCCGAGAAAAACUCCUCCAAGAUGGGAACGCUGGUCCUCAACUCCCUCUGCUCCGUCAUCCAGCCGGACGAAAAAGUGCACAAGGCCACAGGUUACUGGAACAUCAUAGUGUACGGUAGGAAACACUCCUAUCGUCUCUACACCAAGAUGCUGAAUGAGGCUAUGAGAUGGACGGCUGCUAUACAGGGAGUGGUCGACAGUAAGACUCCCAUAGAAACUCCGACUCUGCAGCUGAUCAGGGACAUCAAGGACAACAGUGUGAACCCAGACAUCGUGGAGCAGAUGUACCGGAGAAACCCCAUCCUCAGAUACACCCAGCAUCCUCUGCACUCCCCUCUGCUGCCACUUCCUUAUGGAGAGGUCACAAGCUUACACAAGCAACAGGGUUAUGCCAGUCUGCAGGAUGAGGCAGUGCGAGUUUUCAACUCUCUGCAGGAGAUGGAAACUCUGGCGGACACAGUGCCCAUCAUCCAGGGCAUCCUGCAGACCUGCCAGGACCUGCGUCCUCUCAGGGAUGAGGUUUAUUGUCAGGUGAUCAAACAGACCAAUCAUGUGCCUCAGCCUAACAGCCCGGCCAAUCGAGCACACUGGCACCUCCUCACUUGCAUGAGUUGCACCUUCCUGCCCAGUCGAGCCAUCCUCAGAUACCUCCGCUUCCACCUCAAGAGGGUGCGUGAGCGAUAUUCCGGUAGCGAGAUUGAGCGCUACUCAUCUUUCAUCGGGGAAUCCCUCAAGAAGACCAAGACUCGUGAGUUUGUUCCGUCUCAGGAAGAGAUCGCCGCUCUGCUGGUGAGGCAGGAGAUGAGCACCACAGUUUACUGCCACGGAGGAGGCUCCUGUAAGAUCUCCAUCAAUUCUCACACCACAGCUGGAGAGGUUGUGGAGAAGCUGAUCCGAGGUCUGGCCAUGGAGGACAGCAAGAACCUGUUCUCUCUGUUUGAACACAACUCCUUCAUUGACCGAGCUCUGGAGAGCAGAGUCAUCGUAGCUGACGUUCUGGCCAAGUUUGAACGAUUGGCAGGUAGUGAGGAGGAAGAGGAGGAAGGAGAAUGGAAACUCUACUUCAAACUCUACUGUUUCUUGGACGUGGAGAGCAUGCCUAAAGAGGGAGUGGAGUUUGCCUUCAUGUUUGAACAGGCUCAUGAGUCUCUAAUAAGCGGCCACUUCCCGGCCUCUGAGGAGACUUUACAGCACCUGGCAGCCCUACGUCUCCAGUAUCUUCACGGUGACGGAGCAGGUCGGGCUGGCUGGAGUUUAGGAAAUGUUUAUCCCAUCGGGCGUCUCCGAAAUCGCAUCCUUCACUCCACCAAACCAGGAGUGGGGUCUGUAGUUGGAGCGGGUGGAGGUGGAGGAGGAGGAGCAGGAGACGGGAAAGGUUUGACAGGAGUACAAGGAGUCGUUGGUGUCAGCAUAGAGAAAAGAAAGACGCCGAGCUUCCUGGACGGAACUCUGAGGAGGAGCUUCAAGACUGGGUCACUGAAGAAGCAGAAGGUGGAGGAGGAGCAGAUGCUGGAGAUGUGGGUGAAGGAGGAAACAUCCGCCACUCGGACCAGUGUUCUGGAGAAGUGGACCAGGCUGCAGGGAAUGCCUCAGCACCAGGCCAUGCUUAAAUACAUGAGCAUCAUCAAGGAGUGGCCUGGAUAUGGAUCUACUUUGUUUGACGUGGAGUGUAAGGAGGGUGGUUUCCCCCACGACCUGUGGCUGGGUGUAAGUGCUGACAACGUGUCCAUCUAUAAACGUGGAGAACCCAAACCUCUGGAGACUUUCCACUAUGAACACAUCACCUUCUUCGGAGCUUCACAGCCGUGCACCUACAAGGUCAUCGUGGACGAGAGGGAGAUGUUCUUUGAGACUCCUCUGGUGGCAGAGAUCACCAAGAUCAUGAGGGGCUACAUAAACAUGGUGGUGAAAAAACGUUGCAGCAUCAUGUCAGUGUCCAGCGUCUCCAGUUCCUGGACGAGGUGAUUACUACCAGCCAAUCAAGUAAGAGUUGAUCCAGAGGCGGAAAUGAUGCCGUGGUUGGUUCUGAAGGAGAUCCAGCUGAUCCUCAAGGUUGCAUCACGAGUGUUGGAAGAGAAAAAAAAAGUGAAGGGAGAUGAAGGGCAAACGCACACUAAAGCCAGCCUGGGUUUCACGUUGGGAAAAGGGAUCCACUAUGUAAAGGAGCAUGGCAAAAAAAAAUCAACCUCUUUUUAAACACGUUUCACUCGUUUAGUUGACGUCCUGCAUGUCGGUGUUCAAGCACACACCAAACAUCCUUGAUAGGAGAAACACAAGCACAACUCAGCUUCUCCCAGGGUGGCUCCCUUCUCCCCGUGGGUGCACUGCCGCACAGAUAGAAGCCACAUUCUUGCUCAGUUACAUUUGUUUUUCUCACCUCUCCUCAGAGUCUCUCUCUCUCUCUCUCUCUCUCUCUCUCCCUGUGACCUCACGUCCUGCUGCAUCUUUAUUUGCUCUUGUUAUUAAUUGCUUGAAUCUUCUGUGUUAUUUUUGUCUCUGAAAUCAUCGUGUAUGAGUGAGGAAAAAGACUCACUGAUCAUGACUCCUCUUCAGGGCUGCCCUGCCCAACAUUCAGUGUUCACUUGCUGACUCGUCAAUGCCACUGUGUGGCCACAGGAGGUGUGAAUCGUUUUGAACAUUGAACAGAUAUAAUAGAUGAAGAACGAGUGACGUUUUCUGCGACAGAGUCUGUGUGGUCCAGUUCAUCCUGACAGGAAGUGCAUGGAAUAGUAAAAGACACAACAUUUCCCUCUAUAUAUAAAUGAACACGCGCAGCAUUAAUCUACUGUAUAGUCACCAACACGUGCGCGUGAAGUGAAUGGACAUGUAACAUUUUGUACUGUAUAUCACAUAAUAUGAGAAUUAUUAUUGAAUUUCCAGUGGCUACUGCACUGUACAGUAUAAAUACAAAUAUAUACCAUAGUAAAAUGCAAUGUGACACCUCUCGUGCAGUUCAAUGGCGUUGAUCACGACCACCCUUUGUUUGAAUUUGAUGCCAAUGCUGAACACCACUCACUGGCUGUGCCAUUAAUGUGACUCCAAGACAGAGUGAACAGAAACGUGGACUAACAGAAAUGGGGACAUACCACAGCGGUGGCAACACUUUGAGAUGUUUUAAUAGAUUAAAUAUCAUUACUGUUAUGUGUAUGUGUGUGUGAGGUUGACCUUAGAGCAGUGUUUCUCAAACAGUGAGGGCAACAACAAUGUUUAUCUGAGUUUGUCUAUCAUUUUUAAGCACUUAUUUUACACUAAAUCAACAAUUUUAUUGGAGUAGUAGCAUUGAAUCUAGUGGCUGAAAACACAUGGUUUUGGCUGAGUUGUUGUUUACUCUGUGGGCUAGGUAAAUAUCAGUAUUUACCUGACUGUAAAAAAAAGUACUAUAUUGAUCCAAUAUUUGGGAAAUUGUUGUGUUAGCAGCAGAUAUGCUGUUAACAGUCUGCCCCUAGCAAGCACCAAGCACAUGGCUCCUCUGGGAAUCAAACCCAGGACUCUUUUAAGGCAGGCAUGCUAACCGCUAAACUAUGGAGUUUAAUAAUACUACGCUUUAUUUGAAGAUCUGCACUGAUACAGUAGUUUUCACUCAAAAUUGCUGUUUUGAAGUUUAAAAAAACACUUAAAAUGAUCCAUAAUCCUCUUAAAUAAUAAAUAUUUAGUCAAACG